AUGGUGCUGGAACACGCGAUCCAGAAACCUCGAAAAAAGAGAGCUAGAACUGGCUGCUUGAACUGUCGGAAAAAACAUAAAAAGUGUGACGAGAACAAACCGAUAUGCUCUUCAUGUUUGAAAAAAUCUGAAGAAUGUGAAUGGCCUAUUAACAAUGGUAGAUUCAAUAAAAAUUCAGUGAGUGAUGUUGCUGGUAAUACUGCUCAAAGUAAUGGUAGACGAAACUUGGAAGAGUAUGCUAGUCGUUUACUCAAAAAUUUCCAUGACAAAUCGGAGAAUUCUUCUUCAGAAUCUAAUAGUAACUCAAAUGCAUCAUCUAUAUUUUCAAAUACGAAACCAUCAAUGGAUGCUUCUGGAUCUGGGGACCUUGUCUUAUCAAAUAACAAAGCCGAUAAUGAAACAUUACGUUCCAUGAUGAGCGCAAAUGAAUCUUCUUUGCACCACAUAUUAGACAACAAUUCCCCAGUAAAUGAAGGAAUAACAAAUCAAUUGGAGCCAAAAUCCAAUGAAAGAAGAUCAAAUGAGCAUGUAAAUACUGAUAAGGCGGUCGAUAAUACGUCACCUUUCAAUACGAAUGUGAAUCCAAAUGAAAGCAAAAAUAUACCAACUUAUUUCAGUCCUAAUUCAAUUCAAAGUAAUAUCAAAGAAUCAAAUAUAGACGGAUCGCCUGAAUCAUUGCGAGACAAUAAGUCCUCUUACUCAUUCUCUCCUACUGAUUCCUCGGCGCCAUUUUUACUUUAUAACGAGUUGCAUAAUACUUUAAGAGAUUAUAUGUUUACAAGUGCUGAAUUAAAUGAGUUUAGUACAACUGCAGACUUCAAUAAUAUUUCAUGUUCUCCAGGUACUACAUUUUUGGCCAGAGAUUCCAGUAAAAAUCUCCGGGAACUAUUAAACAGUUCUACAAGUGAUCCCAAGAAGGAUUCGAAUAUAAACUCACCUGGUGUUGUGAACAGUGGCAUCACGAAAGAGAACAAUAUUUUAAAUAGCUUCAAAACUGAACUUAACCCAAGUGAGGAACUCGAAUUAUUCAAAAUUUAUUUAUAUGAAGUUGCUCCGUGGUUAGAUAUGUUUGAUAGUUCUAAGCAGUUUGGUACUACGGUUGCAGACCUUGCACAGAGUAACAAGCCUUUGCUCUAUGCUAUAUAUGCUAUAUCAUCGAGACAGAAGGAGCUAACAGCACCAAAUUACCCUGCAGAGAAGACAAUGAAAUUAUAUCAAGAAUCGUUGAAGCACUUGAUUCCCACAGUCAACAAAAUUGUCGAUAAAGAAAUAAUUUCAACAUGCGUUAUAUUAUGUGUCCUUGAAAUGAUGUCAUCGUCUCCGAAGGAAUGGCGACAUCAUUUAGAAGGUUGUCACGCAUUAUUUGAGGCCAAUGAUAUAUGUGGUUUUAGUGAUGACUUAGAAAGGAGACUUUUUUGGUGCUAUGCAAGAAUGGACGUCAACUCCGCUGUUAUAGGUGAGCAAUCUACGAUAAUACCUUCAGAAAAUUGGCUUCGCAAAAAUUGUUCUAUUUACGAACUGAAGCGCUUAUUCGUUGAAACCAACGAUGAGGAUAUGUAUGCGAAUUAUAUUGUAUUUUUAUGUUCGAGAGUUUUAAAUUUGAUAGCGAAAGACUCGAAAAAUUUCGAACAAGAAUGGGAAAUUUUAUGGAAUGAGGUUAAAGAAUGGAGCGAGAAUAGACCAUUCCAUUUAAAACCAAUAAUGACUUAUGAUGAUAAACCAUUUCCUGGUGUUUUGUUUUUAAAUGGGCCUGCCAUUUCGGCUAAUCAAUUGUUUCAUAUGGUGAUUAUAUUAUUAACCCAGAAUAAACCAAGAUUAUAUAAAAUAAGGCCUUCAUCAUGUAUUGUAUGUCAAACUUUGUUCCUUUUUUAUGUUGUUAAUUAUAUGCAGCUACUAACGUUACUAUUAGAGAUCCACCAUAUGGCAUGCAAAACAGAUUUGCGCAAUCAGUAUACAUAA